UCUUGUACCUUCUUAGCAACGUGUCGUGAAAAAAUGAUCCACGGUGGGACCAAGAUCAUGGGGGAUGAUGAAUGCUCGGCCCCAAACUUUAUGGGCCUAUGAGGCUCUGAUUUGCCGGUUGGGUUUGUUUCUCGUUCCUUCGAGCCAUGGAACGUUGGCGUCAAGAGCCAUCUAUUCAUAUACGGUGGUUUGUGAGGUCUUGGAAACCAGUCCAUCUCCACUCAUCCAAAAGGAUCCACUUCCUAAAACCCCAAUAGUCAGUUUUAAGGCUAUUUCUCUCAUUAAAGUUUUUGUCCCACAUAUGUUCUCAGGAAUGUUCGCGAGCAGACGACACCUCACACUAUUGGUGGCUGUUUCAACCUUGGUGAUUCUGAUUAGCCCGAAGCAGUGCUUAGGCGGUCGGGUUUUCCAUCCCGAGGGCAUGUACCGGGUUCAUAAGUCCAUUGGGGAAACGAUUGGUUGCAAAAGCAGCCCUUCCAUCCGGGCCUAUAGUACCUUGAACAAGGUUUGCGAAGACUGCUACCAUUUGUACCGAGAUGCCGACCUCUACAACAUGUGCAGAUCGAAUUGCUUCGGAAGUGAGUUCUUCAUGAGCUGCAUGGACAGUUUAUUAACCACUACGGAAGCCAAGAUGCACCAUGCGAGCCUCGUGGAAGACAUUCACGAAUAUCUCCGGUAAACGACUGACUCUCCAUCCCCCCCAAAAUCACCUACCAACCAACCAACCAACCAAACCAACAACUAACCAACAACCAAGCGACAUAGGUAGCAAACAAUCAACCAACCCAUCCAUCGAUCAACCAUCCCACGAUUGUUCGCACAGUUUCAGAAUGGACGAGGGACAAAGAAGAAGCAGAAGAAGAUAUGCUGUGAUACACGAAUGGAUGAAUGAGUGCACUCAAUAUCUUUUCCUGGUUUCAUCGUAUUCAAGUAAAUGCACUCGUUGAUGGCAGAGUUUCUCAAAGUAAUGCAGCCGAUGACUUGUUUUGGCCAAUUGUCAUUGAUGAUUUGCUUUCUGGUACAUAUUGGAUAUUAAAUCACUAGCUCCCCAA